AAGUUACCAAACUGUAGAGGAAUGCGUGGAGAUGACCAGGCCCUCGGCUGACUGCGACUGGGAUCGCAAGUGAGUGAGGGGCGGCCGAGCCGAGCUCUCCGUGGCAGAUGACAAUAUGCCCCAUUUCACCGUCGUGCCCGUGGAAGAUAACACCCUGCCCAGCUACGACAGUCUGGAGGGCAUCAACUGGGUGGAUCACAGGGACAGUGGCCACAGCUACCCAGGACAUCUGGAGACUGUGAGCUCCGAUGGCCACGGAAGCCACAAAGAAGACAGCCCCUUCCUCAACAGCAGCGAAACUUCCUCUAGGAGAAAUGACUACUAUGACAGAAACCUGGCUUUAUUUGAGGAGGAACUGGACAUCCGGCCCAAAGUGUCAUCCCUCCUCAGUCGACUGGUUAGCUACACCAACAUCACCCAGGGGGCCAAGGAGCAUGAGGAAGCAGAGAGUGCCGAGUCCUCUAAGAGGAAGAUACCAAAGUCCCCCAACAUGGGCACUCUGAUGGGCGUUUAUCUGCCCUGCCUCCAGAACAUCUUCGGAAUCAUCCUCUUCCUCCGCCUUACUUGGAUCGUGGGCAUCGCCGGCAUCAUCCAGUCCCUUCUCAUUGUCCUCAUGUGCUGCUCCUGCACAAUGCUCACAGCCAUUUCAAUGAGCGCCAUCGCUACAAACGGCGUGGUCCCCGCUGGUGGAGCGUACUUCAUGAUCUCUCGCUCCCUGGGCCCUGAAUUUGGGGGAGCUGUGGGGCUCUGCUUUUACCUGGGCACCACCUUUGCAGCUGCCAUGUACAUCCUGGGAGCCAUUGAAAUUUUCCUGAGCUACAUCUUUCCAAUGGCGGCCAUUUUCCACACCUCUGAUGCUCACGGAGGCGACAGUGCCAUGCUCAAUAACAUGAGGGUCUAUGGCACCAUCUGCCUGGGCCUCAUGGCCUUGGUGGUCUUGGUGGGUGUCCGCUAUGUCAACAAGUUUGCCUCCCUGUUCCUGGCCUGCGUCAUAAUAUCCAUUGUAUCCAUUUAUGUCGGAGCGGUCAAAUCCAUCUUCAGUCCACCAGAAUUUCCGGUAUGCAUGUUGGGCAAUAGGACCUUAGUCAGACACAUGUUUGACGAAUGUGGAAAGAACAUAGGCAACACCACCAUGCCCAGCAAGCUGAGGCAGAACUUCUGCAGCUUAGGAAAUGCAAGCGACCCACACUGUGAUGAAUAUUUCUUAAACAACAAUGUGACAGAGAUCAAGGGAAUCCCUGGACUGGCUAGUGGCAUCAUCAGAGAGAACCUGUGGGGCUCCUACUUGGAGAAAGGAGAGAUCCUAGAAAAAGCAAGUGAGGCCUCUGUGGAUGUCCAUGGCUCUCUGGAAAAUUUCUAUCUAUACGUGUCAGCAGAUAUCACCACUUCCUUCACUUUGCUUGUUGGUAUCUUCUUUCCCUCGGCAACCGGCAUCAUGGCUGGCUCCAACAGAUCCGGGGACCUCAAAGACGCCCAGAAAUCCAUUCCUGUCGGCACCAUCUUGGCAAUAACUACAACAUCUUUAGUUUAUUUCAGCUCAGUCGUACUCUUUGGAGCUUGCAUUGAAGGGGUGGUUCUUCGUGAUAAGUUUGGGGAUGCGGUGAAUAGGAACCUGAUAGUAGGUACCCUGUCCUGGCCGUCCCCCUGGGUCAUCGUCGUCGGGUCCUUCUUCUCCACUGUGGGGGCCGGGCUGCAGUCACUGACGGGGGCUCCUCGCCUCCUGCAGGCUAUUGCCAAAGACAACAUCAUCCCCUUCCUCCGGGUGUUCGGCCAUGGAAAGGCCAAUGGGGAACCAACCUGGGCAUUGCUGCUGACGACCCUGAUAGCAGAGCUGGGCAUCCUCAUCGCCUCUCUGGACAUGGUGGCUCCGAUCCUUUCUAUGUUCUUCCUGAUGUGCUAUCUGUUUGUUAACCUGGCGUGUGCUGUUCAAACUCUCCUGCGCACACCGAAUUGGAGGCCCCGGUUCAAAUACUACCAUUGGGCUCUCUCCUUCCUGGGAAUGAGCAUGUGUCUGGCACUGAUGUUCAUAUCAUCCUGGUACUAUGCCAUCGUGGCCAUGGGCAUCGCGGGCAUGAUCUACAAGUACAUUGAGUAUCAGGGUGCGGAGAAGGAGUGGGGAGACGGAAUUAGAGGCCUGUCCCUCAGUGCAGCCCGGUAUGCUCUCCUACGCCUGGAGGCUGGCCCACCGCACACAAAGAACUGGAGGCCACAGUUGCUGGUGUUGUUGAAGUUGGAUGAGGACCUCCAUGUGAAAUACCCCCGCCUGCUCACAUUCGCUUCCCAGUUAAAGGCCGGGAAGGGCCUAACCAUCGUGGGCUCAGUCAUCCAGGGCAACUUCCUGAAUAGCUAUGGAGAGACCCAGGCUUCUGAGCAGGCAAUCAAGAACAUGAUGGAGAUCGAGAAGGUGAAAGGCUUCUGCCAGGUGGUGGUGGCCGCCAAGGUGCGCGAGGGCGUCUCGCAUCUCAUCCAGUCGUGCGGCCUGGGCGGCAUGAAGCACAACACGGUGGUGAUGGGCUGGCCCUAUGGAUGGAGGCAGAGCGAGGACCCCCACGCUUGGAAGACUUUCAUCAAUACAGUCCGCUGCACCACAGCUGCCCACCUGGCUCUGAUGGUGCCUAAGAAUGUGUCAUUCUACCCCAGCAACCAUGAGCGUUUCACAGAGGGCCAUAUCGACGUCUGGUGGAUCGUUCAUGAUGGAGGAAUGCUGAUGCUCCUACCGUUCCUCCUCAAGCAGCACAAGGUUUGGAGGAAGUGCAAGAUGCGUAUCUUCACCGUGGCACAAAUGGACGACAACAGUAUCCAAAUGAAGAAGGACUUGGCCACCUUCCUGUACCAGCUCAGGAUAGAGGCUGAGGUGGAGGUGGUGGAGAUGCACGACAGUGACAUCUCCGCCUACACGUAUGAGCGCACUCUGAUGAUGGAGCAGAGGUCCCAGAUGCUGAGGCAGAUGAGAUUGUCCAGUGCCGAAAGAGACCGGGAGGCACAGUUAGUGAAGGACAGACACUCCAUGAUCCACAUGAGUAGCCUGUAUUCUGAUGAGGAAGAUGAGUUGGGGGAGCCGGUGGCAGAGAGGAUCCAGAUGACCUGGACGAAGGAGAAGUUGAAUGGGGAGAGGAGGAUCAGAAACAAUGCACCAGAGAACUUCCGUGAACUCAUCAGCAUCAAGCCGGACCAGUCCAAUGUACGACGAAUGCACACAGCAGUGAAGCUCAAUGAGGUGAUUGUCAACAGGUCCCAUGACGCUAAGUUGGUGCUGCUCAACAUGCCUGGGCCUCCCAAAAAUUCAGAAGGGGAUGAAAACUACAUGGAGUUUCUAGAAGUUUUGACUGAGGGAUUGGAGCGAGUGCUACUGGUGCGAGGAGGUGGCAGGGAGGUCAUCACCAUCUACUCAUGAUGACUGGACGUCGGCCCGAGCGGUGGGGGGUGGGAGUGCUCACCAAUCCACGGAAGACAUUCCGCAACAGUGAGGGGGCAGCGACAGGAUUAGCCUUAGCACAAACCCGCAGGUUUGCUUGAACUAUAUAGUCUCUGAUCGCAUCAAUCAUGGAUUCUUAAACACUUUUCUGAAUGAGGACCACAGAAAAUCCAGAUUUUGGUCAGAUUUCUAUACAUGUUGCCUUCUGCAUGGAACCAUAUCUUGCACGAAAGAAUUACGUGAGGUACUUAGGUAUAAUGCGAGCCAAAGUUAUGGCUGAUCAACUUCGACAUCACUUUAUGCCGUACAUACACUCUGGAGAUAAUUGUCACAUAAAAAACCUACCAUGUAUUGUUUUAUUUAUAACUAACAGAAGCAAACUGAUAUUUUACUGAAGGUAUUUAUAUAUGUUAAAUGAUAUGAAACAUGAUUUUCCCUAUUAGCAAACAGGCAUUUGUGUUUAUUGGGUUAUGACAAGAAUGCGACCUCCAUGUGGAAGUUGGAUGUUUUUUGUACACAGAAGGGGAGAAUAUUUAUUAUUUUUAUUUAUUUGCUCUGAACUACCCCGUUAGUUUGUUUGAUAGCUGUGGGUGGGAGGAGUUUGUUUACAAAUGACAAACAGACAAAUAAAUUCUGUGAAAUAUCAGUCUUUGUUGAGGUUAGAGUGAGUUACGUAAAAGCACAAACCUGCCGGUGGGUGGGUUUUCUUUUUAAAUUCUGCCCCUCACAUGUACGAAAUUAGAAAAGCACAUUAGUUAAAUUCUCUUCCCAUCCUAAAAGUCAAAAUAUAUGCAUACAAUAUUUGUAGAAAGUCGACGCUACACGGAAUAUUUACAUUAAAUAAAAACAAUAAAGGAAAUGAAGGUAA